AUGCCUUUGAAAUUAUGGAAUAUAGUAUUAAUUAUCUUAUUAAUUCGACGCGUUGACAAUAGAGCAAUGAUGAUUGAACCACCGCAUCGGUCCAGUUUAUGGAGAUAUGACAAGACAGUACCUGUUAACACAAAGGACGAUAUGCUCAACUGCGGGGGAUACGAGGUACAAUGGGAGCAGAAUGGUGGAAUGUGUGGCGUGUGUGGUCAACCUUUUGAUGGCCUCAUAGUGAAUGGCGCAGAGUACAGGACUGUCAGGUCAUAUAAACAAGGAGCCUAUGUAAAUGUCACGGUUGAGGUGAAAAGUAAUCUCCUUGGUUUUUUCGAAUUUCGUCUUUGUCCUAGAAAUGGUUCAAAAGAAACUUUAACCCACGAUUGCUUCGAGCGAAACAUGCUUUGGAUUGAAGAGUCCUGGAGUACUCGCUACUAUGUUGGGAGUCAAGGUGGAAUUUAUGAUUUACACGUACGUCUACCAGCAGACAUUUCCUGUACGAAUUGUGUUAUUCAGUGGAAGUUUAGCACAGGAUAUAGAAUGGGAGGGAUCAACGAAUGUCAGUGUAUGGGUUGUGGUAGACAGGAAACAUUUUAUAACUGUGCUGAUAUUGAAAUACAGUCGGAUACCUUAUUCAGUGAUAGAGCUUUCAUUUCCACGGAAACUAAUAUACAUAAACCAUUAUUUUUAAUAUCUGAUAGAAAUCUCACCGAUUCUAAUAUAGAACGCUUUCGGCAGAAUUUGCCGGUUUACAAUAGUCCCAAUGCUUAUGAAAUCCGCAAAGGUGAGAGCUCUAAGCCACAACCUUCUUAUAAUGACAAAUUGCAACAAACCAAAGACAUUGCAAAGAAAGUUUCGAAUGAUGAUGUAUCUAAUGUCAAGGAGAAACAUGUACAUGUGAAUUGGAUUAAACCUUUAUGGCAGACGGGAAGUCCACACAUCAAAUUCCAAGCUAACAUGACAUAUCCCCUUAGAAUUACUCCAAGUAAAAAGAAUGUAGAAAAGAAAAAAUCAUUUUGGGAGAAAAAAAUUGAAGAAUCGUCACCCUCGACAACUUACAAUACAGUAUCGAUAAGUUCAAAAGAGUUAACUUUCUGGGAAAAAAUCGCGGCCAAAACGACGCCAAAAAUUUUGAUCAAACCAAAGCCUGGAAAUCUUCUUUUAACUAGAUUUGUCCCUUCACAGCCAGAUAUUUACUAUUUUCCGGGUAAAAGUGAUUCGAUAACGUAUCCUUUAUUUUCACAACCUCGUCAACGUUCAUCUACAAAAAAGGGAGAAUGUUACUCAUCUUCGCCAAAUUUCCGGUGCAAAGCAAAAGGUCGAUAUUCUCAUACGCGAGGCAUUGACCAAUGGUGUCUAAACAACUGCAGGUCUAAUCACUGUGUCAAGUUUAUGUGUGAAUGUGGAUGUGAUGAUGUUGUUGUAGUCCCUAAAACAAAAUGUCACGCCGUUGGUGCAUUUGAAGAUAUUUAUGGAAUGGACGAAUGGUGUUCUCAAAUAUGCUCCAAAAAAUCGUGCCCUCCAAAUGUAUGUAGUGUGAAAGACUGUAGAAAAUAG